CGAGGAUUGGUUUUGGACAACCAGGCUUCUGUUGAUUGUUUCUACUAGUAAAUUGUGGUUCAUCGUGUUAGUGAGAUCUCAUGGCGACGACACGCAUAGCAAGGGUCUUCGGCCUUGCCGACCGGUACACUUGCGCACGAUGUCUCCGAAAGACUGCGACUGCAGGCUUGCGAUGGAGCUCGUCAGCAACCUCGUCGACGGUUGCUCCACCGUCGCCGCUCCUCUCUAAGAUUAGAGAGGAACUGAAGAAGGCAAUGCGCGCUAAAGAUACUGCUCGUUUGAGUGUCCUCCGCGGUACCAUCUCUGAGAUCAACCAAGCGGCUAGUGGUGCCAACCCGAUAAAAAGCGAUAUGCAGAUCCUAGCACUGUUACGGAAACGGAAAGCGGCUUCAGAGGCCGCGGCGAAAGAGGCAGAGGCCGCCAGCCGACCCGACCUCGCGGAAAAGCAGCAGAAAGAAAUCGCAGUCAUUGAUGAGCUGGUGGACACUGUCAAAGUAAUGGGGCCUGAAGAGAUGAGGAAAACAGUGCGUCAGGUCAUCGAAACGCUCAAGACCACAGUGUCAGGGGGGUUGAAACAAGGAGUCGUCCUUAAGGAACUGCUCAAGCCGGACGGCGUGUUGGCGGACAAGCCGCUGGACAAGAAAGUCCUGGCAGACCUGGUGAAGGACGAACUCGCCGGCAAGCCCAAUCCUUCUUGAGACUUUCGGCGGGUGGACCUAGUUCGGACGCCUGCUGUGGCAACAUCUUGUAUAAAUAAUGACCGACACAACUGUGCAGAGGCCGGUUGGUAAAAGUUAUAUGACGAACAUGAGGCGCCUCCCAGACACACCAGAGUUCACUCAUCAUUGCUCAAGCCGCGACGAGCCUAUGGGCAGGUUGAUCUGCCUUCUCCGCCGCUCCUGCCGACAGAAAGAAGAACCAUCUCUGCCCUGGCGAUCGACCAAUUUUGGUAACCCCACAAACUUGUUGAUCCAGUUGAUGACAACCAAAUGCCAAACAAGACUGUUUUCCGGCUUGAGGACCCAGUGGUUCUCGUCAGGAAAGCUCAAGAAUCGACUCUCGAUGUUCUUCAUCUGCAGAACAUUGAACGCUGAUAGACCUUCAGAAAUGGUCAGUCUGUAGUCGAGCUCGUUGUGUACCACCAACAUGGGAGUCUCCCAGUGUUUAGUGAAGCGACUUGGAUCCCAUUUGUCAUAUACUUCCUGUCUCUCCCAUAGUGGUCCGCCCAGGUCAUGCAGAGGGAAGUAUUGUUCUUCAGAGGCCAGUUGGCCGGUCAUACUGAAAACGCCGUCGUGGCAGACGAGCGCCUUGAACUUGCGGCCCAGGUCAUGCCCUUGGAACCAAUUCAUCAUAAACCCACCAUAACUGGCACCCAAUGCGACGGCGCGAGAAGGAUCCACAAACUCCAACUCGGAUUCGAUGAACUCGAAACCUUUGACAAGAUCCUCGUAGGGUAAACCACCCCACUGAUUGCGUAUAGCAUCGGUGAAACCUUGCCCGUACCCUGUGGAGCCGGUCGGGUUGGGGCAUAUCACGACAUAUCCUUGCUCGGCGAAGACGGCAGGGUUCCAUCGCGUCGACCACUGGUCAUUCCAUGCUCCUUGAGGGCCACCGUGUAUCAGAUAUGCCAGCGGAUACUUGUGGUCUGCCCGAAAGAAGGAGGGCUUCAUCAUCCAGGCAUGGACUGGGUGGUCAUUUGCGCCUUUCCACCAUACUGAUGAGACCUGCUCGGGAGAAAGACCGAACAUUGAACCCGCUCGACUGAGCGAUGAUACCACAGCAGGCUCGGACUCACCGGAAGGGUCCACGAUCGUGUAUGUACUAUUGUCGACAAGGCUGUUGCUUGACACAAGCAGCAGGUUCGAGUUGGUAGACAACGGUGACACAUCGAUAAUAUAUCCGUUCUUGGUCAAUUUCCGAGGAAGCCAUUCGGGCCCUGGGGACUCUUUGUCCAAAUCAAGCGCGAAAAGACAUCCUCGACCGAUAUCUUCGGCUUCCAUGAGCAAAGUCUUGCCAUCGUUGGACCACUUCAGAGCAGAAGGAGACCUAUCCCAUCCACCCUUGCUGUCGGCGGUCUGCAUCAACUCCCUGGCGGCAAUGUCGGUGCUUCCGAGGCCGUGGACGAGAACAAUGCGGUUUUUGUCACUCUCAUAGCCGUCAGUGGCCAUGUGAAGAUAGGCCAGCGAUUCGCCGUUUGGUGAGAAAACCGGGCUUGAAGCCGCGCCCUGGAGCCCCGGCACCCGGAUUUUGUGGAAGUUGGGUGGGCUCAGAUCCAUGACAUCUUUCUUGGGGAUGAAGUAGCAAUCACAUUUGGUGUGCGUAGCAGGGUCGAGGUUGGGAUCCUUCGCCACGAUCGUCAGCCCGGUAGGUCCAAUGUCGAAGUGGUCGGUUCCGCCGAAUGGUGGAAUCGGGCAUUCCAGCUUGGACCCUAGAAGGGCGUUCUUGAAGCCUAACAGACUGUAGCGACCCUGGCGAGAAGUCACCAUAGGCUGCGACUUCUGAAGCAAUGCUGUGAAAAUGGUGUUACGUUGAUCGGUGAUGUAGUGGUCCCAAUGACGAACAAAGAGCGAAUCAUAGAGGCGUGCCGAGCUAUGCUGUUUCUGAACAUCCUUUGGGUUGUGGAGGCUUCCAUCUGGAUUGGCCUGUCCAGAGACUGCGACGGCGACCUGUCCAGGCUCGAUCACGUAAAGCUUCAGGUUUGACACUGUUCCUGCUACGGUGCCGGCGGUGUAGCACUUCCCGGGAAGGGUGGCGUCGGUAAUCACGAAGCUUGUGUUGCCGUUCUCGCACUCCUUCAACCACACAACUUCAUGAUUCGUCCCGGUCCAUCGCGGUUCCGUCGCUUUGGCGUCUUUGCUGAUGGUCACAGAUUGACCGGUGGUCAGAUCCAGGACACAUAUCUCAUUCGUUCGCGUGUGUGAGUCGAAGGAGUAUGUCGACUGAGUGUAGAGAGCAAGCUUCCCAUCUGGACUAGCAAGUGCUGCUGACCUUCUCGGGGCACUCAAAAGGACCCUAGCAGGGUGAAUGCAAGUCAAUUUCAAAGAGAAGAAUACUCUUACUCAGGGGUAUAUUUCUUUCGGACAGUCAUGGCUGUAAUGAUCGGUCUACCAAUCGAGCAAAGACCUUGACUCCGGUGGGUGCCUGGAGAGGGCUGACGGCACAGCUUCAGCUUCUAGUGGCAUGAACAAGGACUUCUAUGCAGUGGUAUGUCGGCGGUUGGGAUUGAGGUGAGGUUGACUUUAUAUCAGGGGCGGGAAGUUGAACAAUGAGCCUGAGCUUUCUCCGUGUCCGCGAAGCGCGGGGGAACUGGACGGGCUAGACCCUUUGCGGGCUCCGGCACGUGAUGCUUCUUCAUGUUCUGAAUGGCGGUGAUUGUAGCUGUUGUCAUAUUGUUGAGAUCUACCCCGGGCUCAUCGUCAGUCUGGCUUGAUGGACGCUCAAUCCGAGUGGCAAGGGGUUUCAACUCGCAAGGCUGAGGGCACGAAGAGAUCGCGGAAGGAUAGCACAGAGCAAAGGAAGUUAUCUGCUGGCUUGCGGGUGAAAUAGGAGCCGCAACGGGUCAGUCAAUUGCAGUGGAAGGAGAUCUCGGCCAUCCGGAGAAGAUGUUUAUCCGACAUCUCACAUGCAGAUUUUCGUUCCGAACUUCACUCAACACAACUACCCAGGUACAAGGAGAGUGGCAGAAAAGAUACACUGGGAACCACCCAAAGAGUUCGAUCAUGCGGGAAUCGACCAUAUCAUCAUUGAUAGAUUCGCACACACAUAUAUGCACUACUUUCCACAGUGUCCCAAGCACUCCAGAAUGAUAUCAGUCUAGGAUAUCAAGAUUGCAAUCGUGAAACAGUGAUCAUCAGAAGAAAGCUUAUGGUAACCCCGAGGCCGAAACGCCAGUGGUAAAGCACUUUUCGAGCCACCGUGCCGUAUGCCCAGUCCUUCCU